GGGGAGCAGCAAGAGCGGCGGCGGGAGGCGGCGUCUCUCCGGCCAUGGGAGCCUUUGGGCGCUCGCUCCGCUCCACCAGCGGCACCAGCAAGCGCACAAGGGCGCGCCAGCUUCGCGGGAGGGCUGGGGAACUAGGCGCGAGCCCCCGCGCAUCGGUCGGCCCGGCUGCCAGCCGCGACGCCCGGCAGCCUGCAGAGCCUGCCAACCCGGAGCGCAUGGAGCGGCCGACGAGGCAGCCGUGAAGCGCAGCGCCGGAGCGCCCGGAGUCUGGAACGGAAUGCCGCCCGUCUAGUCCCCCCGAGCCCCAGCCGAGGCCAGACGAGGAGGAGGAAGCGGGCCGGCUGCUGGGAUGAGCGCCUCGGCUGCCACCGGCGUCUUCGUAUUGUCCCUCUGCGCCAUCCCCGUCACUUACCUCUUCAACGCUUCGGCUGCCACCGGCAGCUCUUGGGUCAUUGUAGUAGCUGGAUUGUUGAUUCUGGUCUUAGUGGGCUUGGCAGCUCGAUUUCUGGUGAAAAGGAGACCACCAAGCGAUCCACUUUUCUAUGUUUACGCUGUAUUCGCUUUCACCAGCAUCGUGAAUCUAAUCAUUGGGCUUGAACAUGAUGGGAUAAUUGAUGGAUUCAUGACUUAUUACUUGAAAGAGGGUGAACCUUAUCUGAACACUGCUUAUGGCCACAUGAUUUGCUAUUGGGAUGGCUCAGUCCAUUAUCUGAUGUAUCUCCUGAUGGUGGCAGCAAUCGCCUGGGAGGAAAAUUAUCGGACUAUUGGCUUGUAUUGGCUGGGAUCCAUCACAAUGAGUAUAAUUGUUUUUGUCCCUGGAAAUAUUGUGGGAAAAUAUGGAACAAGAGUUUGUCCUGUAUCUUUGUUAAGUGUACCAUACAUUUGUCUCCCAAUAUGGGCUGGUUUCAAAAUCUAUAAUCAACCUCCAGCAGCUGCCAAUUUCCCAACAAAGAUCAUUAAAAGAGUCCACAAGAAGAAUCUUCUGAGAAGACCGACUGACUUUCUCUUGGCUUCAUAUUUCAUUUUUGCAACUGGGUUUUGCCUAUUCAGGGGCAUGAUUGUUUUGGACUGUCCAGGUGAACUGUGUCGACUUUACAGCCAGCUUCACGAGCCAUACCUCAAGGAUCCUGCUGCCUAUCCAAAGCUUCAGAUGUUGGCCUACAUGUUCUACUCUGUGCCAUACUACAUAAUUUCACUGUAUGGUCUGCUUGUACCCGGAUGCUCCUGGAUGCCUGAUUUAACUCUUAUUCAUGCUGGAGGACUAGCCCAGGCUCAAUUCUCACACAUUGGUGCUUCCAUACAUGCUAGAACACCCUACAUCUACAGAGUCCCCGAUGAAGGGAAGAUGUGGUUUCUCAUUCUUAAUGUGAUACAUGGAGUCCUCCCCCAGCUGUUUGCAUAUCGCUGCGUCUGCAACCCCGAGUUCUUCAUGAAAGCCAAGCUGGAAGAGAAGGUGGACUAGGAAGAUGAAUUGCCCACUUCAAAACUCUGGGUGGGGUGUUGCAAAGAAUGGCUCCCAAGUUGGAGCAAAAUAGCACUACUGAAAAUAAAAGACUUCUGUCUUUCA